AACCGUAAGGCCAAUUUUGGCAUCUGUCUCGACCUUCGGCAACAAACGCCGCUGCUCUUGCUCCCACCGAGCGACUGACUCGCAUCAGUACGAAAACCAUUUCUCUACGACACGCAUCCCAUUGAAGAAGAAGCCGUAGCAACACUUGCUAGAGUUUCUGCUUCUGUUGCUGCAGCUCAUGGCUUUGUUUCGUCUCCGAGCUCUUUCUUCUCACACCAGCUUCACCUUCUAUCCUUUAUGAGAGAGAGAGAGAGAGAGAGAGAGAGAGAGAGAGGUCCUGAUAUGACACACGUGCCGCUCUAAACGCGAAGUUUGAUCUACUAAUCCAUCUUUCUAGUCGACUGUUUGUCUGCUGAUGUCUUCUAGUGACGGAGGUACUCCUAGACUCUCCACAGCAUUACACUCUAGAGGAAGUUGUGGAAGUGCUGGGAGAAAAUUGAUAUAACUUCAGGAUGGUUUGAUAUAACGCACCGGUGAGCGACAGGGCGCUACUUAUUGAUGGGCAUUUAAAUCUGUCGAGGAACUACUUCCAUGCACGAGUUCCAGACACUGCUCGGAUCGAAAACUUUCUCCAAAACUCAGCAGUCUUCCCUGAGGGUUUGUUCCCGAGUUUGGUGAGCUCAUGCGGAGUUAAUCAAUUCAGCUCAGAUGGAGAGUAUUGGGAGCAAAGAAGAAGGUCAGGAGGAGCCAACCGCCGUGCCUGAGUGGAGUGAGAUGGCACUUCCGGGAUUUCGUUUCCAUCCUACAGAGGAGGAGCUCGUUGGUUACUAUCUGAGACGCAUGGUGCAAGGCAGGCGCAAUAGCGUAGAGCUCAUUGCAUCCUUGGACUUAUACCAGUAUGAUCCUUGGGAGCUUCCUGCUUUGGCCUUCAUGGGAGAGAAGGAAUGGUUUUUCUUUUGUCCGAGGGAUAAGAAAUACCCCAACGGAGCCCGCCCGAAUCGGGUGACAGCAUCGGGAUACUGGAAAGCAACAGGCACAGAUCGGCCUGUGAGAUGUAGUGGCGACUCUCGCUGCAUUGGUCUGAAAAAAACUCUAGUGUUUUAUACUGGUCGCGCUCCUCGAGGCAAUAAAACCGAAUGGAUUAUGAACGAGUAUCGCAUGCCGAAACCUGCUGAACGAUCCAUCUCUGUGAUGACGUCUGGUGUCAACUCUAUCAGCUACUCCUUCUCCACUUACGAUAACUUUGUCAUUAAGAACGAUGUAGCCUUAUGCAGAAUAUACAGGAAGUCGAGCUCGGCAUUGAAUUCGGCCAACUUCAUAUCAGCAAUUGGGGCUCGAGAUCUCGAAGAACGCACGAAUAGAAUGAUGUCUAGGUUCGAAAGUAAUCCUGCAGCAGGAACCCAUCAGCAGCAAAAUCAUAUUCAGCGCUUGCAAGGGCCAGACGUUCCUAACGUGAACGUUCGAGUCUCAUCGGACAUGCCUAUGGCUCCUUUGUCAGCUGCUGCACCUUCUUCUGAUAACGAUUGUGCGCAGCAGCUGUCUACUUCAAAGACAACAACUGUGGUGAGCCAUGGCCAAGCAGUUGAAGCUGCAAAAACUCAACGGCAGCAGCAGCUGAUCGAUGGCCCAGCUCAAGGAGGCUUUGAUGGGGUUUCACCUAUGAUCGACUGCACCGGUACAACUACGAGUGAGGAAGCAUCAAGGCAGCUGCAGAUCGCCUUGCGCACGGCUAUGGCAAAGCUGGAUGGGGCGGGAAGCUCAUCGAACGUCAACUUCAACGAUGGAGACUCAUUAAACAGUAAUGGCUCAGGCAUAUUUGGACGCUUUCGAAACCGACUGGUGCAGGAUGCUGCUGCUGCUGCUGCUUGUCCUUCGACGAGUGUACACGUGAUGAGAAGCCCUAGCCCGGAAGCAGCAGCAGCAGCUACAGCUACAUUCAACAAUAGUCACACCAGUAGAGUACCUCCGACAAAAGCUCCUGAUCACUUGAAUCAACCGAUGAACUCUCCCCGAGAUAUCCCCACGGUAGCACGAUCGAACAGAAGCUCAAGCGCUGAGACAGUGGCUGCUUUCGCCCCCGCAAAGAGCCACCCAACCUGCAGAACGCCGAGGGUCUCCAUCCCACCUUCUUUCAAUCACCACGUGAACUCCUGUCCUUCAACAAAAUCAACGACAACAACUUCUCACAGCCUUGAAGAGGGUAGUAACGCCGACGCUAACACUGUUGUCUCUGGUCCUACAGCGAUCAACAACCGGAGCAAUAUCUCAGCUUCCUCCAUAUCUCAGCUCGAGGACCAGGUCCAGAGUCUCGUUAACGCUUGUAGUAUACCACCACUAUCUAACACGUACAGCCUAAAGCGUUCCAGAUUCACCAAAGUGCAGCAUGCGGAUGGAGAAAGCUGUCCAAUGGCGAAAAUGCCGUCCGCUGCUCAGUACUGGAGACAAUCAUCUUAUGCACCGUCCCAAACUGCGACAGCAGCAGCUCAACUUAGUACUUUUGAUGCUCUAUCCGGCUUGACUUUUCAAUACUGAUUGGGCAGGACUUAGACUGUGUUCAACGCUUGAAGUCACUCUACAUAGCGCUCAAGUACAAGCUCCAAAAAUUAAAUAAAAAUCCAUUUUGA